GCGCGCCAAUGGCACCGAUCUCCAAGAAGAAGACGCGUUUCCUGUCAAAACAAAACCACGUGUGCGGACAGAAAGCGCGUGGACGUCUGAUUAUUUUCUUCUUUCGUCAUUUUACACAAGGAUUAAAUCGAAAUCUUACCUUUUAUCGGCCUUUUCUGGUGCGGUGUGUUGGCGAAAGGUUGCAGUUGGAGCAUGAGUUUUGCGGAGUACUCCGAGAGCAUUGCUGAGGGAGAUGUGGCCAUCAUUUACCUGAGCCAUGACUCCAUGAUGCCAGUGAAGGUCCAGAGAGGAGCCCAGACGCAGACCAGGUACGGGGUGAUCCGGCAUUCUCAGGACCUCAUCGGGCACAAAUACGGAUCCAAGGUGAGCUGCAGUAAAGGCUGGGUGCACGUGCUCCACCCGACCCCAGAGCUGUGGACUGUGUCUCUACCUCAUCGCACUCAGAUCCUCUACACCACAGACAUCUCCAUGAUCACAAUGAUGCUCGAGCUCAAGCCCGGCUCCAUCGUGUGCGAGUCAGGUACAGGCAGCGGCUCUCUGUCUCACGCCAUCAUCCGCUCCAUCGCUCCAACAGGUCACCUCCACACUGUCGAGUUCCACCAGCAGAGAGCUCUGAAGGUGCAGGAGGAGUUCAUGGAGCACCGCGUGGGUAACAUGGUCACCGUGAGGAACCAGGACGUGUGCAAAGACGGGUUUGGGGUGAGCGGAGUCGCAGAUGCGGCGUUUCUGGACAUACCUUCGCCGUGGGACGCAGUGGGACACGCCAAGAGCGCCCUCAAGAAACAAGGUGGGCGGGUCUGCUCCUUCUCUCCUUGUAUCGAGCAGGUGCAGAGGACGUGCGCUGCCUUCACAGACCAUGGGUUUUCAGAGCUCUGCACCAUAGAGAUCCUCCUUCAAGUCCACGAUGUCCGCACCGUCUCUCUACCCGUCCCGGACUUUGGACCCAACUCGGAUCUAAACCGGGAUCAGAACCGAGACCAGAAUCAAACCCAGAAUCAGAACCAGUCUAGUCCAGGUGCAGUGACAAUCAAAACCACCACAGUGCCCAGAGAGAUACCGGGACACACUGGGUUUCUCACAUUUGCCACUAAACCAAGGACUUGAGAGGAAAUAAUUUUAGUAUUUUUUUAGUUUAAACAUUUUGUGUUGCACUUGAAUAAAUGGGAAGGCGAGGCAAAUACUGAAUUGUGUGUGUUAGGAUUUUCAAAGUUUAAAUCUCGUAAAAAGUGGGUAUACCUGAUUUCUUUCAUGUUACAAGUAAAAAUAGUUUUGCCCCAGUUCAUUUAUAUAGUAAAAGCAGCUCUUGGGGUCAAAAUGAGACUGCUGUGUACUGUCAGCAUUUACUAUUAUAGCGUUAUAAUUAUCCAGUGCGCUCUUAGCAUGCUAGGUGGUGUUAGCAGUGGCGUGACUGGACAUGACUUCGCUAUGGGGCUUCUACAUUCAUUGCGUUCAAUAAUGAUGCUCUUAAUGAGUUGGAAUAAGUUUGUACUUAUGUAAACCAUUAAAAAUAAAGUACCGGUAAUUCUUUUUUUAUGUUUUUUAAGACCUUUUGAUCAUCAUUUGUACAUGGACACAUAUGUUUUUGUGAUAUUUGGAAUAUUAAAGAUAUGCAAGUGCUUUUUAUUUUCUAAACUGC